GUUUGUUCUUCAAAGUUUCAUCAAGAUUGCAAGCUUUCGGAGGCAUCUUUUGGUGUUUGAUCUUCAAGAUUUUGGUGUUUGUCAAUGGCUGAAAAUCACUCUAUUACUGAGGAGAGGGCAAAAAGGUUGGCUGCUCGAGCUUCAAAAAGAGCUGUUGAGAUUAUCGAUGAUGACCAGGGUCGUGGCGAUAAAGUCACGAAGAGGAUGAUGAAGAAUCUUUCUGAGAGAGCCAACCCUCCUGAGCCUACCACUCCUGCUUUCCUCCAGCAUAGUCAGCAAGCUGGGAAGAGGUUUAGAGAUGCCGAUGGUCACAUGCAGACUGCUUUCAUGCCGGCUUGGAGUAUUUGUGAUCAGCAUUCGGUGUCUGGGAGUUCUCUCCUAGCUAAGGACUGGUCUAGGGAGUGUAUAACUCCUCCUGAUCGGACCAACAUUGUGGAGAGAACGAGCCUUGACGAGGCGGAGCAGCUUGGUGCUAGUGCGGCCUAAAAUCUCAACUCCUACUUCCAGGCGGCUAUUUAUCAAGCUAAUGCCUUCAAGGAGUCUGAGAGGGCUCUUCAGAAAGAGAAGGUUAGCUUGACUAGAGCGAUGAACGAUUGGGAGAGCGGUGCUCAUUCGGCUG